AAAUCGUGAAUGUAAAGGAAAAACUGCGAUUUCUUCCCCUCUUUUUAUUACGGUCCAAAUUAUAAUUGUCUUCUCAAUUGUCUCAACAAGUUUCAGAGGCCACAAGUCUCCUACAUUUUCUUUCUUCUCCUUUGAGCCCUUGCUUUCCUUUUAGGGUUUACGCUCUCAAUUGCAACUCAGUAUCAGAUCGUCUCCCCAAUUCCCUAGCUUGAGAUAGCCAGCCAUGGAUUGGGGCAACGUUACUGCUGAGGAUCUGAUCGAUGCGCUUCGAGAGGUCGAUUGGUCAUCGCCUCCUCGCCCUAUCUCCGAGUUCUUCUCCAGGUUCACGAUACCUCGAUCUUCCUCCAAGUGGAACAGCCGCCUCAAGUGCAAUCUCUAUUAUUACCGAACCAACUAUUUCAUUAUGAUCGUUUUCAUUCUUGCCCUGGGUUUUCUACGACGGCCACUUGCUAUUGUUGCCGCCUUUCUCACAGCACUCAGCAUCGCUUUUCUGAAUGACAGUUUUGCAGGCACGUUCAGUGAGAAAGUAACCAGAACUGUUCGACAAUUCUCUCCACAUAUGGCUGCAAAGAUGAGACCUCCUCUUACGCCUGUUAUCCGUGGACGCCCAUCAGCUAAAAGAACAAUUUACAUAUGCGGACGUCCUCGAUGGGUUUUUGUCUUGGUGUUCUCUUCCGUGAGUUUCAUACUCUGGUUCAUUUCUUGCGGUCUGUUGACUGUACUUUGGUCACUUGCCUUUGGACUUCUCGCCACUUUGCUUCAUGCAAGCUUCAGAACACCUAACUUGAAAGCACGUCUAAACACAUUCCGUGAGGAAUUCCGUGCUGUUUGGCGCAAUUACAGUGAACUGUAGUUACCUGGACUGUGUAGAAUGCGGCCCCUGUUAAUUAUGGUGUUCAUACUGUAAAUCUGUGCUUCACCUGACUGCUAUGCUACUGUCUCUAAGAACGAUUUGCUGGGAUGGGAAGUCUCAAGUGACGACUGCCAAGAUAUGCCAGAUUUUGCAACUUAUGUAAAUUGUGGCUGAUGUUUCUGGGAUGUAAUUGUUUCAUUUGUCAUCUGUAUUGUGAAGACUGGGGAUUAUAUACAGUAGAAGAUUUUCAGUGAAGCAGAGUGAAUAUUCUUAGAAUACACAACAUGACCCAUUUAGUUAUGAAUUUUAUUACUUCCUUAUAUCUUCACAAAAAAAGUAAAAGAACAGUCCAUUUCGUGAGCGGAUUGUGGUUGAAUGACAUGUGUGCCUUUUACGUGCCUUCUUUCUCUAUUUGUCAAGAGCUAGCCCUGUUUCGACCUGAAGUAA